GUCACUGUUCGGUUUCCCCAGCCUUGAGGUGUAGCGAUGCUCUUCCCAAAUUUUUCAUAAUUUUCAGUGAGCGGCGGGCUUCGUGUUGUGUGCAGGUACUAACAAAAUAAGUCCAUAACUCCACUGUUUACUGAACCUUAGUGGACAGAGGUAAAGGACGAAGUUACCCAGAAAUUUAAGUCAAUUAUCAAUAGAAUGGUAUCAGCAGUGCUUUUGGUGCAAAAGGCGACGCCCGACACCAUAACGCAGUUUCACGAUCAACUCUCCAACGAACUUCCAUCGUUAAAGGGUAAGUGGAACUUUAACUUCAAGAUUUUUCGUAAUAAUCCAUACUCGUUGGCUCCAGAAGUUGCCGAAACCGCCACUGUUUCUACUGAUGCUCAAUUCUUGUAUACACUAUCGCCUUCGUACGUCAAUGAGUGUACCAUAACUCUCAUUAACAAAAAGUCGUUAGGAGUGUUCACGAAUUUGAUUAGGGAAGAAGCAAGUGAGCUGGCUAAAGAAUUGAGUAUACCUGAUCAUCACUUACAUAGAGGUGCUACUACAGGACUCAAUGAUCCAUUUGAUGUGUUUGUAUCGCAAAAACUUGAAAGUUUAUGGACUCAGAGACAGUUAAUUCGAGGUGACGGAGGUCAGAUCUACGAGUUAGAGAAUGGUAAUCUCAUAAUAAGAACUUCCAAUGUAUUUUUGCAUGGGAAUUUUAGAGGUCUACUUAUUCAAAUCGAGCUAAACAACAAUUUGGUGGCUACUGGUGAUCCACAGUCGUUUCUUGGCUCAUUUGAAAAAGUUAGACAAAAGUACGGCAUACCGGAGGGAGACAUCUGUUGUGAUGUACUUGACUCAAAGUAUCUUGAUAAGUAUGGGGAUUUGUGUCUUCAAUAUGCUGAAAUCUUGAACUUUUAGUUUAAUUUUGUAUUAUUUGUAUUUAGUUGUACUAGAAUGUAAUAUAUACUGUUAUUUAUAGGAUUUUAUAUGAUUUGAUUUAUAUGUGUAAACACGUGAUUACCAAUCACC